AUGACGCAAAAUGGUAACCUGCAGAACAGAAUUGGCAAUCUUACAGGGGAUAAAAACGGAUUAUCAGCAUUUAGACCCGUCAGAUCAAGAAAACAGACGUGCCCUCAGCUUUUACCUGUCCUUUUAGGACGCCAAAACAGCCAACAUGAGUAUAAUAUUCACGACAAUCCUCUUGCCGCUUUAGAGGGCUUUGUAACCAACUACUUCUGUAGAGAGUCUGCUUUAGAGCCUAAUGAAGUACUCUUAUCGAAGCAGCGACGUUCAUUGACUCAUAAACCUCGUCAAGAAUCAUUGCCGAAAAAGAGUGUAUUCACCGACAUACAAAUUCAAACACUGGAGGAAAGUUUCCAGUUUAAACAACAUUUGUCACCAAAAUCUAGAGAAUGGCUAGCGAAACUUGUUGGUCUAACGAAGCGUCAGGUCAUCACAUGGUUCCAAAACAGACGCGCCAGAGAACGGAAAAAAGCGGGUGUUAAAAUGGCUAAACACGGCAAAAAGUGCGUCGCAAAGGGCUUCAAAAUUCCAGAAGUACAUUAUCAAGUAUACAGACCAUUUCGCUGA